CACUCCUUCUGCUCGGAAUGCUUCCGGAAACGCUGGGAGCGAGACCGGAGGAACGAGUGUCCCUGCAGCUGUCCCGAGUGCACGUACACGUUCCCCUCGCGACCGCAGCGCAUCACCGACACCACGCUGGCUGAGCAGGUGAGAGACAGGGGCUCUGCUGGUGACGGGAAACGGCAGCGGCGGCAGCAUGGGUCCGGAGGAAAGCCUCCGCAGAAGCAGCCGGAGUCCGGAAGAAAGUCUCCGCAGAAGAGAGCCUUCAGAGACGCGGCAUCAGGAGACGCUCGGUGCCGCAAGCACAACCGUCCUCUGGAUCUUUACUGUUGCACCAGUGACGUGAUCAUCUGUGCGGCGUGCGCUCAAACCGAGCACGGAGGUCACCGUAUCGGCUGUGUGUCAGAGGAGCGGAGGAGGAAGCAGGAGGAGCUGAGGAACAUACAGGAGACAAACAAAGAGACUCUCCAGAAACAAAAACACAGGUGUGGGAACCUGAAGAACGUCCUCACACAGAUUGAGGAGGAGGCGGGACAAGUGGCAGACUACUGCGAGGGCGUGCUAGUCGGUGUCAUGGCCUCCAUCCAGAAACAUUACCUGUCAGUGCGGGAGCUGAUUGGAGUUCAGGAGAAGGCAGUGGCAGAUCGGGUGUCCAACUCUGUUCAGACGCUGGAGAAGAAGAUCAAGGAGAUGGAGAAGCGGGAUGCUGAGCUGGAGAGGCUGGCUCUGAGUGACAGCGACACUCAUUUCCUUCAGGAAUGGCCAGCACUGCAGCGCCUAUGUGAAGUGGACCGGGUCCAGGUCCGGUCCGAACUGUCGGAGGAUCCACUCCUCCCCUUUGAGUUCACAAAAAGAGCUGUAGAAGAGGUCGGGGUGAGGCUGGAGGAAUUCUGUAAAAAAGAAUUUGCUUCAGUGACUGAAAGUGGAGACAGUGAAGUGGAACAGGAGUUAACGGGAGACACAGAGGAGGGCGUCACAGUACAACGAUGUGGCAGCAGUGACUCACCCCGUGGCAUGACUUCCUCUCUGGAGCCUAGAACCAGAGCAGAGUUUCUGCAAUAUGCAUGUGAUCUCACCUUGGACCCCACCACAGCUCACAAGGACCUGGUUGUGUCUGUGGGAGACAAAGAGGUGAAACGGAUGUCUCAAGGUUCUCUUCCAUCUGUCCGUCACCCGCAGAGGUUUACCCGCCAGCGGCAGUUGCUGUGCAGAGAAGCUCUGCAGGCCGAGCACUGCUACUAUGAGGUAGAGGUGGAAGGAGACAAGUUUGAGAUUGCCCUCGCGUACAAAGGAAUGGACAGAAAGUCCAGCACUAAACUGUCAGCUUUUGGCGCCAACGUGCACUCCUGGAGUCUGGAUCGAUCCUCAAGCUAUUCAGUGAGUCACAACAGUCACAGUAAGGGAUUCACAAAGUACCCCCAACAUCAGAGGAUCGGGGUUUACCUGAAGUUCAAAGAAGGAAGUGUGUCUUUCUACGAGGUGUCAGACACUAUGAUCUUUCUUUACAAGAUUGAGGCUGAUUUCACAGAACCGUUGUAUCCUGGCUUCUGGCUCGACGAUAAAUGUUGCAUUAGGAUCUGUGAUUUGAGUCAGGACAUAUAGAUGCUAAGUGUUCUGGUAACACUUUAUGUUACACUUCUGUCAUAAUUAUGGCAAUACCCGCUUAUUUACCUACCUACCUGACUAUCUACCUGCCUACCUACCUGACUGACUACCUGACUAACUGACUACC